AUGAGAAAUCCUAAUUUGGUUGUAACAGACGCUAAUUUAGACACAAUAUGUUCUUCGGCCACUGGAUUGGUUUUUGUUGUAACAGUCAACAAUACUUCUGAUAAUGAUUACAAUGUGGACCUUACAGCUGAUAAAUGCUGCCUAUCAAUUGGGAAUGAAAUGAAUUGUGAUGUUUUACAAGUUAUCGGAACAUGCGCUGAUAGGAUUCCUAGAGGUACAAUCAAAACUAUGAGACUGGUCGCGCCAAUAUUAGAUCCGUUUGAAAGAGUCGGCCACUGUUUGUUCCAUCUUGAUUCUAAAUCAUCACUUAACCGAAAAUCUAUGAGGAACAGAGUUAAAAUAAACUUUGAUACCAGACUCGAAAAUAAGCAUCAGUCGAUGAUCAUACCUAGAAAUGUUAGGAAUUGCGCAGGAGUUGACGAAGACCCUCUAAACGAUUGUCAAUUUGUAGAUUGCGAAACUUACUACAAUGGAAAGAAGCCCUAUUUUGAUAGAAUGUUGAGAAAAUGUUCUGAAGUACCAAAGUGUUCAUCUCACAAUGAUGCUCAAUUGGUUUAUGAUGCAUCUUCGAACAAAUGUAUCGAAGUUGCAUUGAAAAAAGAAGAUAUGGAUUUUGUUAAAAAGUUAGCUGAAAGUAGGCAUAGAACUCCCAAAGAUAUUAUUAUUAUCAAAAAUGUUCAAGAGCCUGUUUCUCACACUGAUGAGAAAACCUCUAAAACCAAUAAACAAUACAAAGAAAGCAAAACGAAAUCAUUUAACAAGAAAUUAAAUGAUCUCAUCAAAGUGUCUAUCAACACUAAGCCAGUAGCUGCAACAACUCUCGCUUCAACAGAAAUCAAUAAUAUUGAUCACAACAUAAAUAGUGACCUGGUCAAAACAGUGAGUUUUAAAUUUCGUUGUUUCAAUAACAUAUUUAAAUGCUGUUCAGUAAACUUUCUUGGCAUCAUAAUUCUGAUACAAUGCUGUUGUAUAUUUGCCAUGAUAUGCUUUUUCCCAAAACCCUGCGCGUGUAUGAAUAAGAAAAUGAUGAAAAACUUUCUGAACUAUCGCCAAGACGUUUCUGUUACAACUCCAUUGAUUGAUACUAGUAAUAUUGAUACUGAAACUACUCAUUAUACUAGUGAGUCGAAUGUUGAUAAAAAGAUCAAAUGCUACAAAGCGUGUCAGAAAGAUGUUAAUAUGAAAGGGAGUAUGUCCGACGAUAUUCUUUCAAAAUGCAUUACAAGAAGGGACUGGAGCAGCAAGCAUUUGAAAUAUACUCCCGAAAAACACAAAACCAAUUCGGACAUUUGUAGAAUUCAAGAGAAAUCUGAACACGAGGAUGAAAGCGUCAAUGAAGAGAAACAUAUAUCUGAAACAAAAGUUGAUAUAGAAAAAGAGACAGCAAGUAGAGAGAAGGAGAAAAAAAGCGCCCUUCGCAAAAGUAUUUUUCGGAAGCUUGGGACGAACAGCGAUUCUGAUGAGAAAACGUCGAAAUGCGAUUCAUCGGAGAAGGAACUCCAAAGCCAUCUGUAUACAUUCGAGAUGGCUGAAGAUACGUGUGCUCCACCAGAGAGUGUUAAAAAUGUUGAAGUUCCUGAGGCUGAUCCCGUUCAGAAGAACACGUUUUCGUUGUCCACGGAGAAAGCCGCACAGGCGGAGUUUUCAAACGAUUCCAUCGACGACUUCCUAUCGGAACGUGGAAUGAUUUAUUUGGCCGGCGACGACCUAUCGAAAUUUUCAUUUAACUCUUCAACUGACAUGAAAAGCUCGUCCACAUCGGGAUCAAGUAAGACUUCUAAAAACAACGUCGUGAAGAAUAUCCUGUCUGUUUUCCGAAGGAAUUCUAAAGUUGCUUCUUCCUCAGAUCCAGGAGUUAAAAAGAGUGGUGCGAGUAAUUUAGAAUUGUUACAUAUAUCACAUGCGUCAAUAUAUUCGUCAAGCAAUAAUGGAUCCGAUUAUAAGUGUCUCAAGAAGGUAAAGGAUUCAAGGACCUCUUUGUAA